GUUACUCCUGCUCAAUCUCUCGCGAAGCGGCAACGCGACAACACCGUGUACAUUAUUCCCUCGGAAGCAUCAGGCGGAGAAAGAGAGUGCUCAACACUCAGUGCGGUGUAGAUCCGACCAGAAGACCAUCAUUGGAAAAAUUUGCACCGAGUCUGACAGGCGGUCGGUCGGAAGGGAUAGUUGGAACUGUUUCAACCAAAUCGUACAGCUAAUAGAGAGGGUCGUUCUGAUGGAUGUGCAGCAGCAGCAGCAGUAGCAGAUGUACGGGCCGGAUGUGGAGUUUUGACGGCGCGAUACGACAAAGUGCAAGCAAUUUUCAUAAAGCAAAAGAAUAGUGCGUGGGUGGACAAAGAGGAAAAAAGGAGUGGAUGGUAGAGUGAAAAUUUUCUUCAUUGUCGUCGGAACUCAACAGUUUCGUCGCGCCAUCACUAAUAGUGAAAUGUGUGUAUAGUCAUCAGGCUUAGCGUGUGAUUCUCCGCCAGAAGAUCAAUCGAUGAACUUCUAAUGUGAAAGCUUCGCAUCAAAUCAUCCACAAACGACGUCACCGUAGGCUAUAAAUAGCUCUAAAUUUGCACUCUACUACUUACUAGUGACGGCGACUGCAGCAGUAGUAUCAAUUAUUCAUGUGAAAAUCCACUGAAGAAAAGAUCAACGUACUCGCGCAAAAUUUGUGCUGACCUGUGAAGCAAUUCCUGCAGCAAAUACAGCAGCUGAAUCCCUUACCAUUUUUUUCGCCAACUUAAGGCCUCAGGUCAUUGGCUGGAGUUGUGGUGGGCAAGUAGCUUGCGCACAUUUAUUUUUCGCGAGUUGGCGAAAUUUAAUCGAGCGUAAACCAACAACAAAUUUGAAGUCGGUAUGGCGGCGGUCAGCGGAACGCAGUUUCAGCAGCACAUGGAAGACGACGAGGACGAUUUUCAAGAUGCUUGCGAUACAGAAGGGCCAACCCCGUCCUGUUCGAUGGAUUUGGAGGCGGCCCUCGCCGAGGCCAAACUGGGGGUGAAUUUGUUCUUCAACAACAAAUUUACGGAAGCGGAAGCGCUGAUGAAGCCAUGGGCAACUUCGAGCAUGUACCAUUCCGUGGGAAACAGCGUGUUUGCCUAUCUGGAAGCCAUGCUGACGUUCGAGCAGCAGCACAUUGCGGCCGCAUCGGACGCCCUGAAGCAGUGUCUGACCGUGUGUGGCCGGUUCCGGAAGAAGAACACCCUCACCGAGACGAUCGGCAAGACGUUCAAGAAGGUCAACUACGACCAGUACACGGACGUGGAGGCGCACGCCGAGCUGUGUACGGCCGAGGCGAUGCUGCUGAAGGCGAUGCUCACCUUCAUCGAGGACGAAACGUUGACCAGCCUGAUCAAGGGCGGGAUGAAGAUUCGGAACUGCUUUGCGAUGUACAAGGAAUGCCACAACAUUCUCACCCAACGCCAGUGGGAGUCGGAGAGCUCGCGGGUGCACUUCGAGAGUGGCGUCAAGAUGGGGCUGGGUACGUUCAAUCUGAUGAUCUCACUGCUUCCCGGACGGGUUAUUAAACUGCUAGAAUUUAUUGGAUUCUCCGGGAACAAGCAAUCAGGCAUGCAAGACUUGGUCGCCGGAAGUCAGAGUUUGGGCAUCCGGCAGGUGCUGUGCGUGAUGACCCUGUUGGGGUACAACCUGAUCGUGUGCUACGUGCUGAGUCACAAGGAGGGCGAUCUGAACUUUUGCGACGAUCUGCUGGCGAAGCAGCUGAAGCAGUACCCGGACGGUGUGUGGUUCCUGUUCUUCAAGGGUCGGCUCGAGUUUAUGAAGGGUAAUCUGGACGAGGCGUUGAUGUGGUACAAAAAGUCCUGGAAAUCGCAAAACGUUUGGCCUCAGUUCCAUCACCUGUGCUUCUGGGAGUUGCUGUGGGUGAACUGCUUGCGGUUAGACUGGCGAGAAUCGCUGCUAUUUGCCACGUAUCUGGUCGAGCACAGCAAGUGGUCACGUACGAUCUACACAUAUCAGAAGGCUUCCAUCAUGUGCAUGAUGAAGCGGUCGGACCUGACCUCGACGGAGCUUCGCACGCUGGACGGGCUGAUGAAGGAGGUGCCAAAGUACAAGCAACGAAUCGCAGGUAAAUCACUUCCGAUGGAAAAGUUUGCCUGCAAGAAGACGGAACGGUUCUUCGCCCAGCAGUCCUUCCUGUACGUGCCGGCGCUGGAGCUGAUGUACCUGUGGAAUCUGUUUAAAAUUCUCGGCAAACACUUCCCGCUGGCGGACGGCGUGUUCCGGAUAGUGGAAGAAAAUUUGAACGAGCUGGAAGCGCGACAGCAGAAGAAAGCCAGCAGUCCAUUGACGCCGUACGACGUGGACAACAAAGCGUUGCUGUUGCUGCUGAAGGGAGCCAUUCUGCGUCAAAUGAACAGUCCGCUACAGGCACUCAAAUGCCUUGAAACGGUAGUCUCCAUGUUCAAAGAUCUCAAGGAGGACCUGUACCUGGUUCCCUACGCCAUUGUGGAAAUCGCACUCAUUUACGUGGAUCAGGGCAAGAAAGAGCAAGCCAUAUUAGCCCUGGAAGACGCUAAGAGAAACUACAGCGGCUACUCGUUGGAAUCGCGGCUUCAUUUCCGCAUCCACACCGCGCUGAUUGACUUGAAAGGAAAGAGCUACGAAAACAUUCCCGCCGGUGCUGAUUAGGAAGGGGGGACAGAGUCACCCCGUUUCUACAAGACCAAAACCAUAGUUACGAACAGCUUCUAGUCCACGCGCGUGUGUAGUUAACAGAUCGUUGAAAUCGUUGAGAUGCGGCGCGCACGAUUUAGGAUCGUUGCAUUUAAAAAUGACAAAAGAUUGUACCGAAAAUGGCGGUAAGAACACCCACAGACAGACAUCAACGAACUCACUCCUAGAAUAAUCAUCAUUGCCGAUGGUAAGUUUCGAGCCCCUUGACCUUCAUCUGCGUUGUUCCGUGCAAUGAGAAGCACUUUCUAGGAUACUAUUCUAGUUUUAGGUUAUUCGUUUAUUAUUUUCUGGAGGGUUAAUUCCAAUAAAGAGCACCGUAAUAUUAAAGUUUCCAACCGGAACGAUUUGA